AUGAGCUUCACGUGCCUGGCCUUCUCCCUGGCGUCGCUCAACCUUGGCAACUACUCGCGCGCAUCGCUCCUCGGACUGCCCGACGAGCUCGACGUGAGCUCGGCCGUGACGCCUUGCUCCACCUCGUCCAAGUCCCACAUCGACCUCGACACCUCCGACGAUGAUGACGACGGUCACACCCACGAGCCCGCGCCGCUCUGCAGCUGCGACUCGAAUGCCUCGACGAUCGUGGCCUCGUGGCGAUAG